GGGGAAGGGUAUCAACAUUUUUGCCAGCAUUGAAGGUCUCCAAGAACACAGUGGCCUCCAUCAUUCUUGAAAGGAAGAAGUUUGGAACCACCUAGACCACAUAUGUCAGAGUCAAGGCCCGCGGGCCACAUCCGGCCCGCGAGAAGGUUUUUUACGGCCCCUGGGAUGAUCUUGAUUUAUUAUUAGAACCGGCCCGCAGACCGCAGCAAGCCGGCAGCCCGCAGAUCUUUUACACGCACCAAUACUACAUUUCCCACAAUGCAACGGUGACGCACCGAGCAGUAGGCUGCUUCAUUUCAAUAUUUAUUGGCACAGCAGUCGUCAGCAUCACAGUAAAAUUAACUUUCAGAUACCCAUCAAAAAUGGCAAAACGGAAGGUGGACACUGAGAACCGGGGGUUUCAAACAAGGUGGGAGUCGGAGUAUAUGUUCACGGAGGUAGCUGGAAAACCUGUGUGUCUUCUGUGUGGAGAAAGUGUGGCGGUACUGAAAGAGUAUAAUCUGAGACGACAUUAUGAAACGAAACACGCGGACAAAAACAAGAAUAUGGACAUGGAACAAAGGCUACAAAAGGCAGAGGAAUUAAAACGAGGCCUCAAAUCUCGACAGGCUCUGUUCAAAAAAGCCAAAUCACAAGGCCAGGCUGCUGUCAAGGCCAGUUUUAUUUUGGCAGAAGAGAUCGCUAAAUCAGCCCGGCCAUUUACGGAGGGGGAUUUCAUCAAAAACUGCAUGAUUAAAGUUUGUGACGAAGUUUGCCCAGAAAAAAGGCAACUCUUUUUAAAUGUGAGUCUGAGCAGAAACACCAUUGCCGAGAGAGUAGACCAGUUGUCCAUCAAUCUAAAAGAGCAGCUUGUGAAAAAGGGAAAAGAUUUCAUUGCAUAUUCCUUGGCUGUGGAUGAGAGCACCGACAUUUCUGACAUUGCCCAGUUGUCAAUUUUCAUCCGCGGAGUGGACUCCAGCCUAAGCGUGACAGAGGAGUUUUUGGCUUUACGUCCUAUGCAUGGCACAACUACGGGGCAUGAUUUGUAUGAAGAGGUGUCAAGAUGUGUAAAUGAGAUGGAGCUGCCUUGGGAAAAACUCGUGGGUUUGACAACCGACGGAGCACCUGCGAUGUGUGGACACAGGAGCGGACUGGUGGCGAAGAUACGGGAAAAGAUGCAAGAGGAAAACGCGACAGGUGAGCUGACAGCUUAUCAUUGUAUCAUACACCAGGAAGCGUUGUGCGGUAAAGCCUUGAAAAUGGAGCAUGUAAUGAGCAUCAUCACGCGCACAGUUAACUUUAUCAGAGCCAAAGGUUUGAAUCACCGCCAGUUCAAGGCAUUUCUGACGGAGUUAGAAACGGAGCAUGGUGAUUUGCCUUAUCACACAGAGGUGCGAUGGCUAAGCCAGGGAAAGGUGCUUCAAAGAUGUUUCGAGCUUCGUGAGGAGAUUUGUCUGUUCUUGGACAGCAAAGGGAAAGACACAACACAACUCCGAGACGAAAUGUUUCUGUGUGAAAUGGCUUUUCUGUGUGACAUUACGAGUCAUCUGAAUGCAAUGAACUUGCAGCUGCAGGGUCGGGAUCAUGUCAUCUCUGAUAUGUACAGUACAGUGAAGGCAUUUAAAACCAAACUGACUCUGUGGGAGACGCAGAUGCGGAAAGAAAAUUUGAGCCACUUUCCCAGCUGCCAGACCAUGAAAGAGAAGCUCUCUACCAGUGCGUUCCCGAGCGCACAGUUGGCUGAUAAAAUAGGUAUGCUUGCCGCUGACUUUCGACGCCGAUUUGCUGACUUUGAAGCACAAAAAAGCAGGUUGGAACUGCUCGGUAACCCAUUUGCUGUUGACGUGGAAAGCUCACCACCAAACCUCCAAAUGGAGUUGAUUGACCUCCAAUGCAAUGAUGCACUGAGGGCAAAAUAUGCGGCAGUGGGUGCUGCGGAGUUCGCCCGUUUCCUCCCCGACACAAUGCCCCAGCUGCGCAUCCAGGCUGCUCAAACGUUGUCUAUGUUUGGCAGCACAUACCUGUGUGAACAACUGUUUUCUUUGAUGAACCUGAACAAAACAUCACACAGAAGUCGACUUACUGCUGAACACCUCCACUCAAUUCUGAGGAUUUCCUCAGCUCAGAGCCUUACCCCGAACAUUGAUGAACUUGUGGAAAAGAUGGGACACCACCAAGUAUCACCCUCAACCUCAAACAAGUGAACAUUACUGUGCAAUCACAUAUUUAGAGUUUUUACUCAGUUCAAGUUUAAAAGUUAAAGUUUAAUAUUUGUUUUCACUGCAUGUUACUUCUCCUUAAACAAAGUGUUGUUUUUGAUUAAUAGAUUUUUGCACUUUAUUUUAUUGUAUUUCAAUCCAAUUAUAUUUUAAAAAUAUUUCAGUUGAGUGGAUGAUAGAAAAUUGCUAUUAUUGUUUUUUUCUUUGAAGUAAAUUUAGCCCACUUUUGCUAAAAUAGAAAAUAUAGGCUACUGAUGGUGCCUUGAAUACCGGUUUCUUUCAUUUAAUGUUCAUGUUAUGGGGAUUUUUAUAUAAAGGAAAUUUGUCUUUUGUGUCUGUUGAAAAUUAAAGAUUACUGACAGAGCCAUAAGAAAAUAUUGCUUUAUUUAUCUGAUCAUAUUGGAAUAUAUUUGUUAGGUUUUCAGUAGGUUCAAUUAGGUUCACUAGACUAUAUGCGUCAUUUAAAAAAAUUUCAAUGAACAUUCGAACAGUCCGGCCCUCGGCUUGUAGCUAAAUUUUUUAUUUGGCCCUCCGUCCAUUUGACUUUGACACCCCUGA